GCACACGCACACACACACACACGCAAUAUGUGUGCACACAUAAUUUCAAUUUAUAUGUGAUGCGCAGCACUAAGAGUGGCCUUUCUGUGAGAUCUAAUGUCAGCUGCUUUUCUGAAUCCUGCUCCUGCCUGUUGCAUUGUCCCUCUGCCAUUUGCAUGCCAGCCCUUAACAAGCUCGGCUGCCCUUUCUUCAGCCUGAAUCCUAAUUAGUGCUCUCAAAGGGAACGGUCCUACCUCUGACAAGGGCGAUAGAGAGCACCAGGAAGACCUGUUUUCUGUCUGAAUCCUAUUUCUCAAGCUUUUCUACCAGCUCCCCUCCACCCUGGCCGAGACCACUUCCAAGUUUUGGUUUUGCUUCAUGGGACAGCGAGUGAAAUGGCAGCAGAAAUAGGGGUCCCUCUCCAUUGGAUUUUCUGAACACUGCUGCAACUGAUGAAGAAGCAAGUCGGACAAAGCCAUUAUGACCUUUUCCGAACUGGAAACAUAAUUCAUAACACAUAACUGUUUUUAAAUGCCAAUGCAUCCCGGACUUCGUGUUUUGCAAAAAAAAAUAUAUAUAUAUAUAGGCUGCAUAUUCUCUGUAUUCGUGUAAAUUGCUUAUUGAAUAAUUAUAGAAAGUUCAAUAACUUGUAAUCAUAUCAAAUCAAAUAGCCUCCAUCGAAGGAUUGCUUUCUUUUUUCUUCUCUUCUUUCUUGUUUUCUUCUUCUGUUGCUAUGGAUAUCAUUUAGUAUUUAAGUACGCUUUCCACAAUGGGUAAUGUAAUAAAGGCUUAGCUGCCACUGGGAUUCAAUAUCUUGCUGGUGAUCCCAUCUCCACCUAUCCAUCGGGCGCGUGACACUUCGAUCUUGUGUUGUUGGGGAUUCAUUCACGUAAAGUGUGUUCUGAACGACAGAUUUUCUCAUGAAGGUGGUGUUUUUCGUAGCUAUACAGUGACGUUAUGAGGCUGGUCCUGGUCAAACCUACCAAUAGGACGAGCCGGCUUGAUUCUACUGGGGCUGUUCGCAAUGAAAGGGUGCCAGAUUAUUACAGCGCAAGGGAGCAGCCACAGCAAGACGAAGCUGUAGAGGGGAUGCAGCAUCGGUACUCGGGAGCUGUCUUCCAGCACCAAACACCUAGCCAGGAGCAAAGAAGCGCUGACAGCAGUGCAAGUUAUUCUCAGAAAGCAGCGUCGAGUAGAACCCCUCCAGUCUGUAGCUUGCCGCCGCCACCUCCGCCGCACAGACAGCGUUCUACAGCCUUAUAUCAACAGAACAAUCAGGAGCUGCCCAACCCAAGCCUUUUCACCCGGCAAGACACCACUCCUCAUCAACUGCAGCAAGACGGUGCACAGCGAGUGACAAGCCACGGAACCGGCCAGCGACCCCCAAACGAGGGCUGUGGCUUUGCAAGCCAACCCCUACGUCUGCAGCAGAAUCUCGAGGCCACCGGCUUUCAUCCGCAGUCAGAACAGCCCCUUUAUCAGGACUGCCACUGCAGUUUUUCUAAGGAGGCGAACCCUUCUCGCCAGCACCAUCCCCUCACGCACCCGCAGCCCUCCCCACCGCCGCCGUCGUCGCUGCUGUUUCUGCAGAGUCCAAAUCGGGAGGAUAAUUUGAAAAAGACUGCUAAUUACCAACAGGAACACCUCGCCUGUAACUGCAGAAGAGAAGGAGGGCGGCAAGAACAUAACCAGUUGUUGCAGCAACAGCAGCAACCACAUAAUCAUUUAAAGCUACAACAGCAGAACCCCUCCUCGGGUUCAAUUAUACAAAACCCACACCAGGCACUGAAUAUAAAUGCAUGCGAUCAAAGCGAAGUGAACCAACGAUUAUUUUUGUUUCAACCUCAGGACCUGCAGCACCAACAGCCACCACAAUUGCAGGCGCAGCAACAGCGACUGGUGGGGAGCAGCUUUCCCAACAACUACUGCGCCAACGGAUCGGGAGAGCUGCUGAAUAGGAACCAGCAACCACUACUGUUGCAGCAGCAUCAACAGCAAGACGCGCACUGGCAACACCUCUGUGACCAAGACUGCAAGGGACCAGACGAGAAAAAUAAAUCCUUUCAACAUCAGUGCCACCAACCUCCGGGAAAUCCACCCUGCUGCCCGCUUGUGAGAAACUUAUCUGCGGCUAGCAGUAACAAAAGCAGCAUCCCCUCUUCCUUCAGCAACCGCCUGUGGCCGGAGAACCACCACCAAGAAGGAAAACAGACCCGACCAGAGGAACAGCUGGUAAAUGCUGAGCCCAAGAAGCUAAGCCAUGCUGGAUCCAAGCCCUCCCUCUCAGAGAGCAGUUACCCAUUCCCUGAGAUAGCCAUGAACAGCUGCAAGUACAAUGGGGGUGUGGUGAGACCCCUGGGCAGCCUGGGUGCGUCGCGGCGCAACCUUGCAGAGCUCGACUCAGAGACGCAGCCCCUCCAGACCCUGCACAGCUCCGGCCUGGAGGUGGUGGUCUCCAAGGGCAACGGCGAGGACCCCAGCAAGGCGUCCAGCGAAAGCCUGACCAGGGAGGGGAGCAACGCGCCGCAGAAGAAGAACAAGGACAUCGGCUACAAGUUGGGCCAUCGGAGGGCGCUCUUUGAGAAGCGGAAGCGAUUAAGCGACUACGCCUUGAUCUUUGGGAUGUUCGGCAUCGUUGUCAUGGUGACCGAGACAGAGCUCUCCUGGGGGGUUUACACUAAGGAAUCUUCAUAUUCAUUUGCACUGAAAUGCCUUAUCAGCCUUUCCACUGUUAUAUUGCUUGGUCUCAUUAUAAUGUACCAUGCCCGGGAAAUCCAGCUGUUCAUGGUGGACAAUGGGGCAGACGACUGGAGGAUAGCCAUGACAUACGAAAGGAUCUUCUUCAUUGUGCUGGAGCUCUUGGUGUGCGCCAUCCACCCCAUCCCCGGCCAGUACGUGUUCACCUGGACAGCCCGGCUGGCCUUCACCUACACACCCUCGGUGGCCGACGCCGACGUGGACAUCAUCCUCUCCAUCCCCAUGUUCCUUCGCCUCUACCUGAUCGGCCGCGUCAUGCUCCUGCACAGCAAGCUCUUCACCGACGCCUCGUCGCGAAGCAUCGGCGCCCUCAACAAGAUCAACUUCAACACCCGCUUCGUCAUGAAGACCCUCAUGACCAUCUGUCCCGGCACCGUGCUGCUGGUUUUCAGCAUCUCCUCGUGGAUCAUCGCUGCGUGGACAGUGCGCGUCUGUGAGAGGGAUACCAUGUAUCAUGACAAACAGGAAGUCACCAGUAACUUCCUGGGAGCUAUGUGGCUAAUUUCUAUAACCUUCCUCUCAAUUGGCUAUGGAGACAUGGUGCCUCAUACAUACUGUGGAAAGGGUGUGUGUCUACUAACUGGAAUCAUGGGGGCGGGCUGCACUGCCCUGGUGGUUGCCGUGGUUGCCAGGAAGUUGGAGUUGACCAAGGCCGAGAAACAUGUUCACAACUUUAUGAUGGACACGCAACUCUGCAAACGAGUCAAAAACACGGCUGCUAAUGUACUCAGGGAAACAUGGCUCAUCUACAAACACACCAAGUUGGUGAAGAAGAUCGACCACGCUCGGGUGCGCAAACACCAGCGCAAGUUUCUGCAGGCCAUUCACCAAGCUCAGAAACUACGCAGUGUGAAAAUGGAGCAAAGGAAACUCAAUGACCAGGCUAACACCCUAGUGGACUUGGCCAAGACACAGAACGUGAUGUAUGACCUGGUGUCUGAGCUGCAGGAGCGCAGCGAGGAGCUGGACAAGCGAAUUGGCACUCUAGAGGACAAGCUGGACUCCAUCACUGGCAGCCUGCAGGCCCUGCCCGGCCUGCUCUCUCAAGCCAUAACGCAGCAGCAGCGGGACUUCCUGGACGGCUUUGCGCACCGCUUCCGGCCCGCGUCGCUGGGCUCGGAGCGGUCCUGGACGCCAACUCGACGGCGCCGCUCGCCCUCCACCGCGCCACACACCUCCUCCGACAGCGGCUAGCCCCCCCCCCACUCCCCCCCACCCCC